AUGUCGAUUCAUAUUUAUUCUGUACUCUUACUGGCAAGCAUACUAUUGAUCUAUGUUAAUUCUGCAGAUCCUAUAAAGAGUUAUUCUAUUCGUAAAGAUUUCUUUAAAGGAUUUAAAGCAGGUGAAUUUUCAAUACGUGAUACAAGUGGAAAACAUCUUUAUUAUCGUAUUGAAUCUAAUUAUGCCAAAUUGCACAGUCUUAAGAUUAUUGCUUAUCCAUCAAAACAAGAAGUUGGGCGAUUAAAAGCUGUAGAAAAACUAUUAGUAUACAAAGCAGAAAUUUCAAUUUUAGAUCCUCGAACAAAUCAAUGGGUUCUCGGAUUAAUUGAAAAAAAUUUCCAAUUAUUUGGUAGUUUAUUUAAAAUUAAUUGGAAUGGUAAUCAUUUAAAAAUGGAAAAUGAUAUUGGCUUAUUUACAACGAAAUUUCUUGAUAAAAAUGGACAAUUGUUAGCACAGUUUAGACUACAAAAUAGUUCAGUAUUUUGGACAAAAAAAUAUGAUAUGCAAAUAUUUUCAACGAAAUAUCCCGAACAAAUCUAUUUGUUAGGAUUAGCUGCUCACGAUCAUACUUCUUCAGGAAAGAGACAUGGAUAA